AUGUUCCAUUCCCCCUGGUACCUCAACACUGAAGGCCUUCAAUGUUCAAAGACGUUUGGAAGUCAAUUAUUUCAAGCCCCAAGACUGAAGCUUCUCAAGGAGCUUCAACAUGUCAGCGGUGAUUCCAAUGAAGAUGGCCAAGAGAGUCUUUUAUCUGAAGUUCCAACGUUCAAGCUUUUCUUACAAGUUAAGAUUCAAGGCCUUCAAGGUAACCUGAAGGCAUGGGAGGCAAAGCAUGGUGCUGAGGGACCCUUGGGGUUGUCUAAAGACUCGGAUCCGGGCCAUGUAGCAGACUGA